AUGGUAAGUUGUGCUAAUCUGUCACUAAGUUUACACAUGUCGUCUGCGUCAACCACCGAUGCUACUGCUUAUUUAUCCAAAUUUACCGCCAAUUACAUACUUUCUCACCUUUACACAUUAACUGGCAAUGUCCCCGCUUUAACACUGAACAAAAAAAAUCUAUCUAUCUAUCUAUCUAUCUAUCUAUCUAUCUAUCUAUCUAUCUGUUUCAGCAGAUCUCUGCGUCACCGCUUUCUCUUGUAUGAACCGUCAUAUCUAGAUGCCCGAGACUUCGCAGCGGUUUUUAGCCGGCCCGGGGAGCAGCCUGGCCUUCGGGCUGGGGCUAACUUCCAUUCGAUCACCACUCUUCGAGGCUCCACUCACUUCACUCUUCAGCACCUUCCCUCUGCAGACGCCAGCUCACUCCUGCAGCUUCCAGCUCUCUCCUGCAGCAUCCACCUCACUCCUGCAGCUUCCAGCUCUCUCCUGCAGCUUCCAGCUCUCUCUUGCAGCAUCCAGCUCACUCCUGCAGCUUCCAGCACUCCUGCAGCAUCCAGCUCACCCCAACAGCUUCCAGCGGCCUCCAGCUCACCCCUGCGGCGCUCUACUGACGUCCCGCUACCUAUUCCAGCACCCGCUGACGACCUAAUCCAGUGCCCACUGACGUCCAGCGCCCGUUACCGUUCCCGAACAAACGACCUCUGUCUUCUUACCAUCCACCGUUCGCUAAUAAAGACACGAUUUCCAUCGUCUACAACGGACCAUCUGCGUUUGUCAUCCUUCUUUGCUAUUGCCAUUUCCCUACCUUUGUGUCCCCUGUUUUAG